AUGCAAUCACUCGUCCUUCCUCCUUCCUUUGUUGCCUCGGAGUUCGGACAUCCCAGAUUUGCUUCAGCCCCUGAGCGGCUUCCGUUGAAUCUACCUAGAUCUACAAAUGCCCGACGGUGUACGCCCCGGGAUCUGCCACUUCCCCGCUCUAUGUCCAGCUCGGUCCCAGCAGAAGACCCGCUGGAGAUCUCCGGGAAUGCCAGACGGCCCGGACAUCCAGACGUACCGCAACCGGUAACAGCGGUAACCACCACCGCCGGUGCUGCUGCGGCUUCGACUGGUGUCUCAGGGCCCGUCCUGCCUCCAGGAUCUCCAGAUCCUGCCGCGGUUCAUGAGGCUGUGCUACAGCAAUUGGUCUCGGCCCCUAGGGACGAGACAUUCCGACAGUCAUUCGCCAUUAGCGAGCCGUUUCCCUCUUCCCGACUACCCUCAUCACUAACUGGACCGGGCUCUACGCAAUCCGUAACCGCAACAUAUCAUCAGCCUACAUUUGGAGGGUCCCCUCCGGGACAAGCAUCUCGAGCUUUACCACAGAAACCCACCCGGCGUACUAAAGCCCAUGUGGCCUCAGCUUGCGUGAACUGCAAGAAAAAGCACCUAGGUUGCGACCCUGCUCGGCCUUGUCGGAGGUGUGUUUUGUCAGGGAAAGAAGCAACAUGCGUUGAUGUCACACACAAAAGGCGAGGACGACCGCCGUUGAAAGCAGAAGAAGCAUCGUUACGGACGUACACUGCCCAGAUGGACAACCGGGGGGUGCCAGGGGAACAAGGAGUUCAGUCGAGGCGUUCUAUGCAUCGGGCCACUUCUUCCCGCGAAAUCAGACCUAUGACCGAUCUUCAGAUGCACCCAGGGCAACCAGGCGCCAUGGGUAUAAGGAUGUCUGCUGGUCAUCCUCAGAGAUGGUCCACUGCGGUAUAUCCACAUGCGGUAGAUCCUGCCUUGUCAAUGCAGAGAGCAAUGGGGCAUCGACGGUUUUCAUCUUCUGGAUCUGUCCAGUCCCUUACAGCAGCCUCCCCACCUAGCUAUGUGGCCGUUCCUGGCGGAUAUAAUCCGGCUCUGGCAGUUGUGCGUAUGCCUACUUGUGUGGGGGGAAGGCCGGUUUCAUCCUACACCAACCAAGGGCUACAUCCUGCAGCCUCCCCCCCUCAGUAUCAUCCAACGUACGGUGUACCAAUCUCCCCUUACCCGGAGAAUCCUCGCAUGGGGAACCGGAUGCAAAUGAGUGAAGCUUCGAUGGCAAGAGAUCCUCGUGAAAGCUAUGUGGAAUCUACAGUCAGGCUUCCUCCUAUUUAUCCUCCGACCAUGACCAACACACAAGGGCAUCGACUCAGUGAUGCCUAUCCAACAAUGUGGUCCCCUAGGAUGCGAGAAGAAUACCUACAGCAGCAGCAGCAGCAGCAGCAGCAGCAGAUGUCACCGCACGAUAUCGCCCGCCAGCAGAUUCAGCCGGGGCUGAUUGAACCUAUUUCUCCUACCCACCAAAUGCACCAGACAGUGUCUGAUUUCGGAUACAUGGACCCCACACCCCGCCAGAUGGGCCCGGGUGUUGUUUCCCCCACGCAAGGACUAUCGCGUCAAAUGCCGGCGACCCGCCCCCCGGAUACGCAAACUGAGUCUGAAACGGACAACGGGGACUCGUCAAGGCCCGCGAAACGCCGGAAGAUGGCCUUGGAUGACAUGGUGAAUGACUAA